UAGCUUUGGUGGUUUUGGUUUUCACAGGGUUUUACUUUUAGCGAUUCACAACGACACAUUAUCAUAAUCCGUUUGAGAUUCACAAUUCAGAUUUCAGAUUUAGAAUGAGAGAACAAUACAAUUUCCAAAAUGGCCACCCUCUCAAACCAUCAUUUCCUGCAUAACUGAGAUUCUUUUUUCCUUUUCUGGGGUGGAAUCAUUUUUACUCUGAAUUCUAUCUCACAAUUCCUCAUCUCGAAAUUCCGAAAAUUUGCCGAAAUUUCCAUUCUUUGGGAGUAAAAGUUUCGUCUUUGAACGACAAUCUGUGCUAAGAGGCUUUCCAAUCGAAACCGGUGGGGUCAAAACAUCCAGAAUUCAAGUUUAUUUAUGAGUAUUGGAUUACUGAUGUUCCAUGUUCAAUCAAUCCUUAUAUUGGCAUGGUUCCUGAGAUAUGGUGUUGCAGAAGAGGUUAGACUAUAGCUUUUAUGGCUAUCAGGUGCCAACCAAGCGCCGAGCUACCCGAUUAGCUAAGAGGAGGGUUACAUUUCAAAGAAGGUUGGAAGACAAUCAGAUGUGUGCAUUUGACUUAUUGGCCACUGUAGCUGACAAUUUGUUGCAAGAGAAACAGAAUCCAACCACAUCCAGUGAUAGAUCAUCGGAAAAGGAUGGGGAUGGAUUUCCUAAAGAGGAACGCCAGGAUGCAAAUAAACCAUUCAAAACUGAGCUUUCUGAUGAAGCAAGUUGUGACAGAAAAUGUCAGCUUGAAUUUGUUAAAGAAGGAAGCUCAAAUGCAAAUAAACCAUUCAAAGUUGAGCUUUCGGAUGAAGGAAUUAGUGACAGAAAAUGUUUCUCUAAUAUUUCUUCACAAGUCUACAAUCAAAAUUGUUGUUCGAAGGAACUCCCCGAACAUGAAAUUGAUGGUCAUUUAUGCAUUGCUUCUAUAGUAACAAGUUCUAGUUGCUCAGAGAAGAUUGUUGCUGAGACACUGGUGGAUGGAAAAGGCCACAAUGGGAUGGAAAAAUUAGCUAGCAAAGUUGAAUUAGGUUCCUGUGGAUAUCUAGAGAGUAGGGGUUGCAAGUUAGAUGGUGAUGUUAGUAAAGUAAAAGACGAUAAGUUUGGGAAGGUUCCCAUUGAUACUGGGACUGGGUUGUGCUGUUUUGAGGAUACCUUGGAUGAAAAACCUCUAGCACUGAUCAGUUCAUGUGGCAAUGCCAAGAUGUCCGGGUAUGAUGACAGCAUGCCUCAGAGCUCAUGGUCCAAAGGUUGUGACAAUGUACUGGUAGAUAGUAGAGAUGAUGACGAAAACUUUUCUGGGUGUGCUCACCCCAGUACCAAAAUAAAGUCCUUUAGGCCAAUUACUUGUAUAGAUGAUAGAAAAACAAAGAAAAGAUUGGCUUCUAAACAUCAUAAAGUUUCUCAAGAAUCCAAGCAUGAUAUACUAUCUAACAGUGUUUUGGAUGGAAAUUUGAAGUCAGUUUACAGCAGUAGGAAGAACUAUUAUAAAAGCCAAAGAUCUCAAAUGAAUAUUCCUUUCAAAAAGAGGAAGCUUUUUAACUGCAGCUCUGAUACAAAUUCUAACGGAUAUAUCAGAAGUGAUGACACUUGUUAUUCACCCAAGAAUGACACGAACCAAAGUGUUUCUUGUUCAUCUUCUGGAAUGAGCCAAGAUCAUGGAACAUCAUCCUUGGGACACUCUGCAUUACGAUCUAGAGAUUCUUACGUGAAGCUUAGGAUCAAAUCAUUUAGAGUGCCCGAGCUUUUUAUCGAGAUUCCAGAAACUGCAACCGUUGGGUCCUUGAAGAGGACAGUGAUGGAGGCAGUGACUGCUGUACUUGGAGGCGGAUUGCGUGUGGGUGUGAUUCUCCAUGGAAAGAAGGUUAGAGAUGACAGUAAAACUCUACUUCAGACUGGAAUUUCUCAUGAUAACCACCUGGAUGCUUUGGGCUUCGCCUUGGAGCCUAAUUGUUCACGAAACCGACCAUCUGCAUGUGCUACAACAGAUUCUCUCCACAUUCCUAGUGCAGAUAUGCCUCAGCCUUUAAUAGGGUACCCUUCAAGUCCUGCUGUAAUUCAUCAGAGGAUUCAGGGCUUUUCUAACAUGUUAGCCAAGCAUCAAGCAACCAGUUCAGGUAACCUUGUUGAAAGUGAUCAUGAUUCAGCACCUUCUCCUAUCAACACAUCCGGUGAAAAAUAUUUGUCAGAUUCAAAAGAACUAAUUACUGUUCCUGAAAUGGGUAUGGAGGCACUAGCUGUGCUACCUGUGCAUCAGAAGUCAAAACGAACUGAGAUCGCACAGCGCCGAAUUCGUAGGCCUUUUUCUGUUACUGAAGUGGAAGCACUGGUUCAAGCAGUUGAGAAACUUGGAACUGGAAGGUGGCGCGAUGUUAAACUUCGUGCAUUUGACAAUGCAAAGCAUCGGACAUACGUGGAUUUGAAGUGCAGGAUAAAUGGAAAACACUGGUGCACACAGCAAGAAUAUCAGCUCAGCAAAGGAGGGGAGAGCCUGUUCCCCAAGAACUUUUGGACAGGGUCCUAACUGCUCACGCAUAUUGGUCCCAGCAACAGACUAAGCAACAGCUCAAGCACCACUCAACAAAACCUUGCCUUCUCCUUUAGUAAGGACUUGACACCACCACGUGCCUUCAUAGAUAGCUUGUUAAAAGUGUCAUUUAUCAUUUUUUUCUUCCUGUAUUUAUGACAAAGUGUGUUUAUCACUUUGAUUUUCAGUACUAUGUCACACUUUAUCUAUCAUGUUAAAAUUAGAACAAGGUGAUGCCUAUAGAGAAUUUGCGUCACAAGUUGGUUGUUAACUCUAAAGUCAAGGUUCGGUGUGUAACUGGAGAGGAGGGGCACGUGUUGAUGAUAGAAGUUUAUCUGCAAAUUCCAUUAUGGACCCACAGGAGCUAAUAAUGUUAAUGAGUGUAGCUAGAGCUUAUCCAUGAGCUAAUCGCUGUAUAAGUCUAAAUGAUAAUAUUAAAUGAAUAAUAGUAAUACACAUAUUGGCAUACUUAAA